AUGAGCUGGGGCUGCUCCACGGCCCCACGGCAUUGUCACUCCCCCCGACCCUUCCAUGCCCCCGCAGUGGUGAAGAACUACUUCCAGCUGCGGGAGUUCUCCUUCACGCUGCGGGACGACGUGUACGUGCGGUUCCAGUCCUUCAGCAGCCCCCAGGAGCUGGAGCGGGAGCUGCAGAAGAUCAACCCCUACAAGAUCGACAUCGGGGCCGUCUACUCGCACCGGCCCAACCAGCACAACACGGUGCACUUGGGGGCCUUCCAGCCGCAGGAGAAGGAGCUGGUCUUCGACGUCGACAUGACGGACUACGACGACGUCCGGACGUGCUGCAGCUCGGCCGACAUCUGCUCCAAGUGCUGGACGCUGAUGACCAUCGCCGUCCGCGUCAUCGACCGCGCGCUCACGGAGGACCUGGGCGUGAGGCAUCGCCUGUGGGUGUACUCGGGCCGGAGGGGUGUCCACUGCUGGGUGUGCGACGAUGCGGUGAGGAAAUGGUCCCCGGCGCUGCGGGCGGCCGCCGUGGAGUACCUGACCCUGGUGAAGGGCGGAGCAGAUACGGUGAAGAAGGUGAACCUCUCCUACCCCGUGCACCCCUUCAUCAGGCGCUCGGUGGCCGUGGUGGAGAAGUACUUCGAG